CUGAUAGGGAAAUGGAGGAACCGACGCCAGGAAAGUGGCGACUUUUAGACGCACCCUCGAUGGCCCGCGCCAGGGCUGGUCGCGCGAGAAAUGCCAAAACAACUCGUGGUGACUUGGUGGAUGACAGCGCAACACGUAUCCAUCCAUGCCCCUCAGCACAGCCCGCCACACCCACGCACAGCAGGCCUAGGCCUGUGCCUGUGCCUGUGCCUGUGCCUGUGCCUGUGCCUGUGCCUGUGCCUGUGCCUGUGCCUGUGCCUGUGCCUGUGCCUGUGCCUGUGCCUGUGCCUGUGCCUGUGCCUGUGCCUGUGCCUGUGCCUGUGCCUGUGCCUGUGCCUGUGCCUGUGCCUGUGCCUGUGCCUGUGCCUGUGCCUGUGCCUGUGCCUGUGCCUGUGCCUGUGCCUGUGCCUGUGCCUGUGCCUGUGCCUGUGCCUGUGCCUGUGCCUGUGCCUGUGCCUGUGCCUGUGCCUGUGCCUGUGCCUGUGCCUGUGCCUGACUGCCUGUCCCCCCAUGGACGUUCGGGAAUGGGAGACACCCCUGGAACAGACUGGGAUCACCGGCAGCGUUUCCACUUCAUCCGGGCGUGAUAAGGAUCAUUCACUCGCCGAUCCGAUGGACGUCCGGACGGUUCUUACAUCACUUGGUUAAUAUACAUGAAGCGAUAAGGAUAUAGACGCCCCUUGGUGACCUCAACACGCGCCGCAGUAGGAAACAUGGUUGCGGCAUGCCUUGCGUAUGACGAGAAGGGCGUCUUAGGCUCAAGUGACGAAACCCUAUGACGACGUGCAUGAAUAUAAUGCGCUGGGGUGCACAGCGACUUGCUCAAUCGCGGCGUCCAGGUACAUGACGACGGCGUUGCUUUCGUGGCGCUUCAAGCGCAGCCACUAAACGCUGCGCCACCGCAUUAAGUUGCACCAAUAUGCUGAUUUCGCUCAUGACUAUUUGAUAGAAAUAAAAUUUGUCGUGGCGCCAUUCGUGGCGCCUGCUCGCAGCUUGCUCAAGUGUGGCGCCUGAUUGCAUCUCAGAUGAUGUGCUGUAACUUUCUGUGGCU